UGUGUGAUAAAAGACAUGGAGUGCACUCAGGGAUAUGUACUAAUAUACUUCAACCAGGAGACAGUGCGGGAUGCGGUGCUGCGGAAACAGAGCCAUUUUCUGAAUUUAUCCCAAGAAAACAUGUUAAACCUUAUUGUCACUUUGCCAGAAACUUCAAAAGACGCCUUAAAGGGUUUAGAAUCAAGACUGAGCAUUCAAGAGCCAGAUACACCCACCCGUGGGGCGCGCAGUGCAGCGGAUAACGAAGACCAAGACUUUCCAUUCUCCGUAACGGUUAUUGAGAACGUUCACCAUUCCUGCUCUCUGGACAUAUUGAAACUCCUGCUGGAGAACAUCACCGAGAGGGAAGAAGGACGAGAUUUCCACGUGGAGAUGGUCCCUGAGAUCCACGCUGCCGUGGUCAGCUUCACGUGUCACAUGGAUAUCGCUGGGUUUGUUAAGAGAUUCUCCAGUAAUUUGAGGGUGAAUCAGAUGAAACUGUCAGCAAAUCCAUUGGAAGAAACAAAGAGUAUCAGGGCGGAGGGUUUGCCCCCCAAAACAUCCGAGGAUCACAUCAUUCUGUACUUCGAGAGCCCAAAACACGGAGGUGGAGAGGUGCAGGAGGUCAUGCUGCUUGCAGAGGAAGACGCUGCGCUUGUUACAUUUCAGGAUGUGCGAGUUACCAGAAGAGUUUUGGCGCAGAAACACGUGUUUGGGAAGACUCCAAUCUCUGUAUACCCGUACUAUGUGUCACUGAGUGUUACACUGUAUGGAAAGAAUGGGCCGUCUGUCAGUAUACCUGCACCCCUGGAGAUCCCUGUAAGUCCAUAUAUCCUGGAAUUCAUCCUGAACGAUGCCCAGAGAAAACUCAAUGUAGAGGAAAAGAUGGCAGUUCUUUACUGUGAGGUCGUUUGGCCAGAUGUCCAGAGCCCAAACCUCGUUAUUAAACUGGGUAUCUCCAGCGAUAUCUCUACACAUCUCAGGACCCUGGCAAAGAUAGCCCCAACCUGGAGAGACAAGGUUUCUGCCGAGUUCUCACUGCUUAUUUCAAAGUACAAAGUCGCAGAGUAUAAGGUAACUGCGUCCGUUUGGGAAGCCAUCAAACAAGACAUCGGCAGCUCUGCUUAUACUGCAGUUUUCAUCAAACCAAACUUGGCCAAAGAGAAGGUUUUCCUUGCAGGGUUUUCAAAGGAUGUUGUCCAGGUAGAACCUCUAAUCGGGAAACUCAUCGACAAUACCACUUGUAGGAUCGAUAGAGAAAUUCAAAGUAUGACAGAAGAGUUGGCUGUAACUCCAGCGCUCUACGAAAUAAUGAUGAAAAAUGCUCUGGAGAAAAAUAUCCAGACACUUUUUCCUAAACUGAAAAUGUCCUAUGACAGAUCAUAUAAAAAACUUACACUCUGUGGACUCAAAGAAGAAAUUUAUGGAUCCAAAUGUAAAAUUAUGGAAAUGGAGAAAAACUUAAAACACAUGAACAUUCAACUUGACCCUCUCGUAGUGAAGUUCCUGAAAAUGAUCAGUAGUGAAGAGAUGUCCUGUGUCUUCUUCAUACGUCACAAUAUUCAGGCCAUGUUUGAGGUUGAAGGCGAAACCAUUAAACUAACUGGCUCUUCCUCACAGGAUCUGUCAGACGCAGAGAAACGUAUGAAACAUCAGGUGGUUUGUAAAAAAGUUAUUGUCAGUGACAAAUGUAUAAUAAAAAAUGCAGAAUGGGGAAGUCUUAAGAAAAACUUAAAUCAGGUUUAUAAUGUUGAAAGCCGUACGUUUCUGAUAGAGGAAUUUCCAGCAGGAGCAGAGAACGAGGUAGUUAUCUCCGGCCUCUGCUCAGUAGUAGAAGACAGUUAUGAGCAAGUUUAUAAUUUUGUCGAGAAAAACACACCACUCAUGAAGGACCUUAACUUCCCAUCUAUGGCUGUCGCACAUUUCAUCAGGAAUGAAAAUAAACAACUUUGGGAAGAUCUAGGAAAGAUGAAUAUUAAAUGGGUAAUAAAUCACAAAAUAAUUACCUUGACCGGUGCAAAAACAUUAGUGGUGGACGCUGCUGCCCGCAUAGCUAGUGCUCUGUCCUUACUGCAUACAAAGACGUUGCGCAUCGAUAAACCCGGGGCAAAAACAUUCUGCAUGGACAAUGACGAAGUGCAUGUGGCUACAACAAAGAACAAAUUCAACUGUGCAAUAUAUUUACAUACCACUAGGGACAGUAGUAAGACAACGACAGAGAUGAACCUUGGUGAACCUCACUUCCAAAUAACUGUCUCAGGUGGAGUCACCGUAGCAGUGUAUAAAGGUGACCUGUGCCGUCACAGCGUUGAUGUCAUUGUAAAUGCAGCAAAUGAAGAUCUGAAGCACGUGGGGGGGCUGGCAUUGGCUUUAUUAAGAGCAGCUGGACCAAAACUACAAUCUGAUUGUGAACGUAUUGUCAUGGAGGAGGGAAAGUUAUCGCCUGGUGAUUCGGUAAUAACAGACGCUGGUAACCUGCCCUGUAAACAUGUCGUACAUACGGUAGGGCCCAGGUGGGAUCCUUCAUCGCAGUCAAGAUGUAAGCGACUCCUCCGGAAAGCGAUAACUAGCAGCUUAGAGCUUGCGGCAGAGAAUGGUCACAACUCCAUCGCUAUCCCAGCCGUCAGCGCAGGGAUCUUUGGAUUCCCUGUAAAACAAAGCGUGGAAACUAUAGUGGAAUCUGUUAGAGAGUAUUUGGAGAGUCAUGGUCACAAAAGCAGUUUAAACAGGAUUCAUCUCGUCGACACGGAUACACAGACAGUACAAAUUUUUGCUGAAUUGGUCAAAACUGAAUUUGGAGAUAAAAGCACAGAGUCGUCCCCAAGCAAACAACGCAGCCCAAGGCCUGCUGAGAGAUCAAGGCCACCAGUCAAUACGAGAAGCGAUACAGAGAGUAGGAUGAGAACCAAAGGGCUGACCAUCAAACUGAUCCAAGAAGAUAUUCAGGAGUCCACGACGGACAUUAUUGUGACUAGCACGCCAUCAAACCUGAAUCUUAAUAAUGGGGCAAUAUCCAGAGCUUUGUCCCAGAGGGCUGGCCCAAAUUUACAGAUUCUUCUAAACAACGAGAGCAGAGGAAUACAAGUGUUGUUGGGGUCGAUAUUUGUAACAGACGGCUGUAACCUCAGUGCUAAGAAAGUUUUCCACGCGGUGUGCCCACACUGGGACAAUGGACAAGGCUCUUCAGAGAAGGAACUCGGGAAGAUUAUUAAAACCUGUUUGUUAUUGGCUGAGCAGCAGCGCAUGCACACCAUUUCCUUCCCAGCCAUUGGGACUGGCAAUCUGAAAUUUCCCAAACCGCAGGUGGCCACCUUGAUGUUUGAUGUCAUUUCAAAAUUGGACAGAAAGCAAGACCUACGAUAUCUCCGGGAAAUCUGCAUUUAUGUUUUACCAAACGAUCCGGACACUGUGAGGGCUUUCACUAGUGAAAUGACAAAUCGCGGUGGAGUGAGUUCCUCUGACGCCCGAAGCAGUAAAGCCACCUCCAGAAACGUCUCGUCUUUCUAUGGGACUGUGACAUCUCCAGAUCUCGGGGUCCAUCAGAUGAAGAUCGGAGCUGUGACUUUCCAAGUUAAUACGGGCGAUAUAACCACUGAAGACACAGAUGUCAUUGUCAGCUCGUCUAAUGAAACCUUCACCCUACAAACAGGUGUAUCCAAGGCAAUCCUGUGUGCGGCUGGCCAGAGCGUAGUAAUGGAAUGCACACAAUUAGGGGCCCAGCCCCACAAGGGCUACAUUAUAACAACAAGCGGCAAUCUUGCGUGUCAACAUCUCCUGCAUAUGGUGGGACAGACAGACCCCUCUCGCAUUAAACAGUCCGUGCUACAAGUACUCCAGGAAUGUGAAAAACUUCAGGCCAGGUCCGUCGCCUUCCCAGCUGUUGGAACAGGUGCAGGCGCUGUGCCUGCUACCCUCGUGGCUGAUGCCAUGUUGGAUGCUGUUGCAGAUUUUGUGAAUAAAAGAUUGGCCCGGAGGAUUCAGAUUGUGAAAGUCGUCAUUUUCCAAAAACCGAUGAUAAACGACUUCUAUAAGAGUAUGAAACAGAAGGAAGGCUCCGUCGUGCCGCAGCAACUAUCACUGUUUCAGAAAAUGGCCUCCUGGCUUAUUCCUGAAAAGAAACCCCCUCCACAAAAACUGUCAGCCUUUCAGUUAAUGGAUAACAUCGAUCCGGCCAUAUUUGACCUCUGUGCAGAAAGCAGCGCGAAUCUGGUGGCUGCGGAAUCCUGGCUUCUAAAGCGGAUUCUGGAUGAGCAGUCGGAGAACUUGAUAGAAGAUGAACUGGUUGCAGAUUUUGACGUUUCAGACCUGGAGAAAUUUUCCGAACUGCAAAAGAGGUUACAGGUUCACGUGGAAUACAAACCGGCCACUUCGAGCGUUCGAGUUUCUGGUCUCAGCAGAGAUGCAGCGCGUGCUGUACUUGAAAUCCAGAAGAUGAUCGGCAAAUUAAAGGACCGGAAAAACAGGGAGAAGGAGGCAGAACUGCUCAGCAAUACGGUGGAGUGGAAAUACGAAUAUCAGGGAAGAUUGUACAGAUUUGAUCAUUUAACUAGCUUGGAAUUGGAGGAGGUAGACAAAGCGAAGAAACCAACAGUCACCGUCGUUAUUAGCGGAAAAACAUUCACUGUCCACAUGCAAAGCAAAACUGCCACAGACAGCCACGGGAACAGCGCAAAAAUUGUACGAGUGAACAAACAUGAAGGAGAGUCCUUAGAGUUACCUGCAGAUUGGGACCCGAUGGGUAACAGUCUGGUGAAAUUGGUGCAGCUGAAUACCUCCACACCAGAAUACACAAAUGUCCAGACGCUGUUUGCAAGAACUUGUCGUAUGAGAAUACUGAAGAUUGAGAGAGUCCAGAACAAACACCUCUGGCAGAAUUACCAGAUACGGAAGAACAAUAUUGACGCGAAAAACAAAAGCACAAACAACGAGAAGCAGCUGUUUCAUGGUACAGACCCCAACACAGUAACAAAAGUAAAUCACCACGGAUUCAAUCGCAGCUACGCAGGGAAAAACGCGGCUGCCAUCGGGAACGGGACUUACUUUGCAGUUAAUGCGAGUUACUCAGCCUCCAGCACCUAUUCAAAACCUGACGCACAGAAUCAGAAAUUCAUGUAUCUGGCCAGAGUGUUAACCGGGGUCUGCUGCCAGGGCCAGCCUGGAAUGAUUACACCACCAGCCAAAAGUACACUCGAUCCUACAGAUCUGUAUGACAGUGUAACCGAUUACCUUCAACAACCUUCCAUGUACGUCAUCUUCAACGAUAUCCAGGCGUAUCCCGAAUAUCUCAUCACCUUCACGGGAUGACGUGGACCUUAUUAAUAAUGAUAUUUUCAUGGAUGCCACAUGCUAAUCCGCUAUGGCUCCGCUAUGACUCUUUGUCGUUAUACUCUGUAUCGAAUCUAUGGUGUAACCAGCAGGGGUGGAGGAAUAUCUCCAAAGUCACGACGGUCUUAGCUGCACUAAUUAAGCUGCGUUUACUAACUGGUUAAUAUAGGUGGGAUGUUUGUAAUUUUAUUGCUGGAUCGCCCGAGGGGAACUUGGGGUGAGUUAAUCUAAUUCCCUGUGCAAUAUGAAAGGCCAACUUCAGCAGGGAGGGGUUACUUUUACAUAAUGAAUUUUAUUGGAAUACAGCUCACUGUUUCAAUGUUUUAUUAAUCUGAAUUUUAUGUGAUGGAUCAGAAC